GCGCGCUAUGUUGAUAAAGUUUAGGUUGUUACUAUUUAGGAAAUACUGUUCCCCUUCAAGUGCUGAUAUGGUUAAGGUGCUAAAUAUCGCUGAGAAAAAUGAUGCAGCAAAAACUCUUGCAAAUGUCAUGUCACGAGGGAGUGCCAGAAAGAGGGAAGGGUUUUCCAAGUUCAACAAGAUAUAUGAGUUUAAUUACAACAUUUUAAACAAGAACUGUUUAAUGAUGAUGACAUCUGUAAGUGGACAUCUGUUGGAGCUGGACUUUGUUGGACAAUACCGCAAAUGGAACUCCUGCAAUCCUUUAUCCUUGUUUGACAUUCCAGUGGAGAAAAAAUGUCCAGAAAAAUUUAAUGAUAUCAAGAGAACUCUGGAGAGAGAGGCCGGGAGUAGUCAGUAUUUGAUUAUCUGGACAGAUUGUGACAGAGAGGGAGAAAAUAUAGGGUUUGAGGCCAUUCAAGUUUGUAAAGCAGUGAAUCCAAAUCUACCUGUUUACAGAGCAAGGUUUUCUGAGAUAACACCACAGGCAGUAGCUAGAGCCUGCAGUAACCUUGUUGCUCCAGACAAAAGAACAAGUGAUGCAGUGGAUGUCCGACAAGAACUAGAUCUACGGAUAGGUGCUGCCUUCACUAGGUUUCAGACAAUGAGGUUACAGAAGAUUUUCCCUGAGGCUCUAGCUGAAAAGUUGAUCAGUUACGGAAGCUGUCAGUUUCCUACCCUUGGCUUUGUGGUGGAGCGAUAUAAACAAGUCCAGGCAUUUAUACCAGAACCUUUCUGGAAAAUUAAAGUAACACACAUCAUCGAUGAUGCCACAAAGUGUGAAUUUUCAUGGAAAAGAAAUCGUUUAUUUGAUCACAAUGCCUGCCUGGUCCUUUACGAGCAAUGUAUUGAGAAUCCUGAAGCAAAAGUAACUGAGGUGAAAUGUAAACCAAAAAGUAAAUGGAGACCAGUUCCACUAGAUACUGUGGAAAUGGAGAAGUUGGCCUCUAGAAAAUUAAGGUUAAGUGCCAAAGAGACCAUGAGGAUAGCAGAGAACCUCUAUACAAAAGGCUUUAUUAGCUAUCCACGAACAGAAACCAACAUGUUCCCCAAAGACCUAGACCUUGCAGCACUAGUACAGGAACAGACCCGAGAUCCAAACUGGGGAGGAUUUGCCAGUGGGAUUUUGCAAGAUAGACCAAACCCCAGAAAUGGAAACAAGACGGACCAGGCUCACCCUCCCAUACAUCCCAUCAAGUAUACAGACACUCUACAGGGCAAUGAUGCCAGAUUGUACGAGUUUAUUGUCCGCCAUUUCUUAGCCACCUGCUCCAAAGAUGCCCAGGGACAGGAGACUACUGUUUCCAUUGAUAUCGCAGAGGAGAAGUUUUCAGCCCAGGGUUUGAUGAUAACGGCCAGGAAUUAUCUGGAUGUUUAUCCUUAUGACAAAUGGAAUGCCAAGACAAUACCAGUGUACCAGGAGGGUGAAGUUUUCGACCCUAGUGCUAUUGAUAUGUUAUUCAGUGAGACCUCGCCACCUCCACUGCUGACAGAAGCAGAUCUCAUUGCAUUAAUGGAAAAACACGGAAUAGGAACUGAUGCAACUCACGCUGAGCACAUAGAGACAAUCAAAACCAGAAUGUACGUGGGAUUGAACCAAGACAGUCGCUUUGUUCCUGGCCAGCUUGGGAUGGGUUUAGUAGAGGGCUAUGAUGCCAUGGGGUAUGAAAUGUCCAAACCUCAUCUACGUUCUGAACUAGAGGCAGACCUUAAAAGAAUUUGUGAGGGAAAGAAGGACAAAAAUGUGGUGUUGAGCCAGCAGGUGUCCAAGUAUAAGGAGGUGUUUAAGGUGGCCUGUGAGCAGGCUCUGAAGAUUGACCAGGCUCUGGCUCAGUACCUGGGGGAGGCCCGGGACCUCCCUGUGGAGGAAGCACUUGACAUAUUUGCAUCAGUCCCUGUUAAAAAAUGUCCCAGCUGUGGAAUGGAUAUGACGUUAAAGACCAGAAAAACUGGAGGAUUUUACAUUGGCUGUAUGGGAUUUCCAUCAUGUCGCUCAGCCAUUUGGUUACCUAACUUUGUUCUAGAUGCCAGUGUUAGUGAUGUGAAAUGUGAAAAUUGUCAAGCCCAGCUGAUGAACUUCAAAUUCAAGAUGGGUUCUGUGCCUCCAAUGCUACCACUACAAUACACUGGAUGUGUUGCUGGUUGUGACAACUUACUCUCAGAAUCUCUACAAAUCAACAAUAUAAGUGAAACUAGAGGAGGAAAUAGUUCAUCAGGAGAGGGUGGAGGGGGAGGAUUGGAAUUUGAGAGAAACUCCAAUGUCAAUUGCAAUUGUGGAAAACCUGCUAAAACGUUGACAGUAAAUAAAGAUGGCCCUAAUAAAGGUCGUACAUUUUAUGCUUGUGCCAAACCCAGAGAUCAGAGCUGUAAAUUCUUCCAAUGGGGAGAUGAAAAUCCUGAGGGAAUCAACACAGGUUCCUAUGUUGGAAGUGGUGGGAAGAAGAGAACCUCAUCUGAACUAGGCAGCAGUGGUACCACUCCAAACAGAAAAAGGGCAGCCAGGAAGUGUGGCCUAUGUGGAGAGGAGGGUCAUACAAAAAGAACAUGUCCUCAUAAAUAAUAAUGCCUGAGUUUUAGUGAACAAAAAGAUGUCUGUGAUAAAGUGUGUAAACAUUUGUUAUAUCUUUUUUAUGUUAAAAUGUGUUCUUUCUUGUUAUUUUAUGUUUAUACAUCAUGUUGUGAAAACUGAGAUGGUUAA